AGAGUUGGCUCCAAAGUGUGGGACUCAGCCAAUCGGAACCGGGCAGGCCGGGGCUGAACUGCGGAAGGGGGCGGGUUCGGAGGUGUGUACUGUACGGUGAGUCUUUUAGCCUCACCUGCAGCUUCGCCUCCCUGCACCUGCAUCUGUGCUGUUCUCCCAGCACUGCGGACGCGACUCGAGGGUGACGCUUGCUCCGCUCGUCAUGGCCUACCCGGGAUACGGAGGCGGGAACCUGACUGCCAUGCUGUGAAGAAGUGGAAGAGCCAUGUGAAAGGGCCCAUGUGGAGGAGAACUGGGGUCCCUGUCCAACAAGUUUGGAAAUUUUAGCAUUCAGGUGCCAGGAAUACAGAUGGGACAACCAGUGCCAGAAACAGGUCCAGCCGUACUCCUCGAUGAAUACGAUGGGUUCCCAGCAUUUUCAGAUGCUUAUUCCUCAGCUGGUGACUCCGUGUAUACUUACUUCAGUGCUGUUGCUGGACAGGAUGGUGAACUGGAUGCUGAAGAACUUCAGAGAUGUUUGACACAGUCUGGAAUUAGUGGAACUUACUCUCCCUUCAGUUUGGAAACCUGCAGAAUUAUGAUUGCCAUGUUGGAUAGAGAUUACACAGGAAAACUGGGAUUUAAUGAAUUCAAAGAGCUAUGGGCAGCUCUUAAUGCCUGGAAGCAAAACUUCAUGACUGUUGAUCAAGAUGGAAGUGGCACAGUAGAACAUCAUGAGUUGCGUCAAGCCAUUGGUCUUAUGGGUUAUAGGUUGAGUCCUCGAACAAUAACUACUAUUGUUAAACGUUACAGCAAGAAUGGCAGAAUUUUCUUUGAUGAUUAUGUUGCUUGCUGUGUGAAGCUUCGCGCAUUGACAGAUUUCUUUAGGAAAAGAGACCACUUGCAACAAGGGUCUGUGAAUUUCAUGUAUGAUGAUUUUUUGCAGGGCACUAUGGCAAUUUGAAUGUUCAGAAUUCUAAACCUGAAGAGACACUGUGAAUUCUUUUGCUUGGAAGAAGUGAACUGGACUACUUUAAAACUUUUAAGCGUUUUCCAUGUUCUUCCUACCUGUUAAGUCUCUCUUCACUUUCUGUGUGUUUUUAUUUUAGCAGAUAGUUCAAAACAAUAAAAGAUUUAAAAAAAAUUUAGUGUAUUACUGCUUUUGGAAAAGUUAUUUUACAAAUAUGUGCAUAUUGUCAUAAAAUAUUGGUGUAUGAUUGAUUUAAAUAAUGCUUAGCCUUAAUUUUUAACAAUGUAAAUUUAGAGGAAUGUACUUUACAAGAUAGAUUGUGUAAGAAGCCAGAUGAUGAAAGCCUAGAAAAAACUAAUUUAUACUUAUCUGAAGGUUACAAAUUAGACUUUAAAUUUUGUUUGUAGUUGGUGGUGUUUGAGGGCCAGCUAGAAAUGAAAGCCUGGAUUUUGUGCUGUGUUCGUAAUAUAGUUUAUUCCUUGAUCAAAUAAUCAGAGAAAAAACACUUAAAGGUCUUUGUCUGUGAAGAAGAAAAUUAUCUCCCCAGUCAAAUCUGUGGUGGGAUAAGACUACAGAAGGCAUUAUUUUUUCCUUUUUAAUUUUUUGUUGUGUAUAUUUUUCUUCAAUAUGUUUUAUUGUCUUCUCUAAGCAAAAAGUUCUUAAUAAACAAAGUAUUUCUCUCUGCACCCUAUUUCAUUAGUGAAGACAUAGUUCCCCUAAAAUGGCAUCCUCCUCUAAAUCUAGACUUUUUGGAAAUGGUGUAUAUUUUUGAUGAUAUGUCAACAUUCAAAAUUGUCCUAAUUAAAUUGUUGUUUAAAUGUAAUGUCAGCUGUUUAUAAAGUUAAAAAAAAAGUAAUUAACCACUCUAAUUGCUCAGAAAUUAUACAUUUGACUUAUUUGACAAUAUUAACAUUAGUGGUGGCUUUGCCGUUAAAAACCCAGUAAGUAUAUUGAGUGCAUCUAUGUGAUGUGGUGUUUUGAGCAUAGUAGGCACCACAGCACCUUUUCUGAGUGGUACUAAAACUGCCGAAAAUGCAAAGUAGAAUCACCAGAUCUUUAGUGUGCAAUAUCCCUGGUAUAAGAUGUUAUGAUUAAUGUAAUUUCUUUCUUGGCAAACACCUCAUGUCUAUCUUAGUGAAGAUUUAAUAAACCACAUAUUUUUCUUACGCUUUAAAUGCAUAUCUUCCAAUCUAACAGUGAGUGACAUAAUUUUAUGACUGCUGACCAAAUUAAUUUAUAGAUUUUAUAAAAUCCCAUGUUUCUUAAUGGAUGAAGGAUAGAUGGCAAUAUCUUGAACAAAACCUUUUAUAAACUUACAGAAUUUUAAAUCAGCUUUCACUUUAAAAAUUCCUGGAAAGGAAGUAAUGCACUUGACACUGAUAAUUUUAUGUAAUUUGCUGUCAGAUUCACUUGGUCAGUUUUAUAAAAAUGUGUGAAUAAGUAAUCCACAUAAUUUUGUUCUCUGGCUUUUUUUUAUGAACAUAUAUUUGAUAAUGUGAGAGGACAUUAACUGAGCUGGUAAAUUAAAGAAACAGAAUUCUAAUUAGAAGUGUUGUAGGAAAAAGCAAAUGUAAAAACACUAUGUGUCGUUCACGUUGAAUGGUGAUAAUGUGACUCAGCAGCCUGUAAUCUCAACAUCCAGGUUAUACAGAUGGUUGUUACUGAACUAUUCUGUGGUCAACUAUGAUUCUCUCUCUUACUUGGAGGCUCACAGUUGAGGUAAAACUUUUAAAAUGACAAAUGGCAUUAUGCAAGUUUCUGCCAAAUGACACUCUGUCUCAGAAUUCUUUAACACAAUUCUCAUCUAAAAAUGUUCCUAUGACUUUUGGUCAUAGAAGGUCUGUGAAGGAGCUUUCAUGGCCAAACAUAUUUAGAAACUCUCGCUUUCUAAAGCUUGAUAAGGUCUAUUAGCAUCUGAAAGCCCAAGGUUAAUAAAAUCAGUCAUGUUUAAUUUUAUUUGGCUCAGUUUUUUCCAAACUUUUUGACCACAGAACCCCUUUCUCUAGCAAAACUAACAUUCUAUGCCGAUCCAACUUCAUUGCCAGGCAACUCUUCUGCACUUUACAUUAAACAGACAAACUUAUAUUCACAGAAACAUUAGGCCUACAGAAUAUUUUACCAGGAUUUUUAUACUGAAAUACAGUUCACUUUUUGAUGCUUUAAAAAUAACUGAUACAAUAUUUUUAUGAUGAACAUGACUGCAAUAUGAAUAUAGUAGAGUAGUUUGCACUGGUUAACUCACACCCCAGUUCUUUUAUGAUGAUGUUAAUUAUUGAAUAAUGUACACUCUUAAUGUAUAAGUGCUUUUAUUUAUACAGUAAACAUGUUUCCAUGUCAUUUUGAGAAUUUUUUUUAAUAAACAUUCAAAUAGCUUGCUGUAAAGUUUUGUAUCAUACAAAAUCUGUUACAUAUAUAUAUAUAUUAUGAGAUGCUUCAGUUCAAAUAACAGUGCAGUAAUUCACCUAUAUCUAAAAGACUGCCAAAUGAUUAAAUGUCAGGUAUUGCACUUCUAUUUUGAGUGGCAGUUUACACAUUUUAAAUUACAUCAAGGGUAAAUCAAUAUUAUGGAAAUCUUAAUUUGGUCCACUUUAAAUGUAAUUUCAAGGAUUUCUCAUUUGAUCUAUUUACGCAUGCGUCCAGAAAAAAGUAACAAAAAAUGUAGUCAAGUUAUGUUUAUUUCCAAAAAAGGCAUUUACCCUAGAAGAAAGUAGAAUCUGUUAAUAUAGUUUAAAGUCUGUGGAGUUAAAAAAAUAACAAAAAAUCAGUUUGUGAUUAUUUCUUUAAGUAAAAUAUAAGACAUCAAGUUUACUUGUAAUCUUAUGGCAUUACUAAACUGGACAAACAAAUAAAUACUCUUGGUCAAAAAUA